GUCACCGUCUUCUCUCUAGGGUUUAUUAGGGGUUUUAUUCAGGAUCCUCCAUUUCCCCUUCGAAAUAAUAAAAGAAGAGCAAAAAAAUGGCGUCUCUUAUGGCAAUACGUUGCGGACGGAGCCCAUCGCCAACUAUUUGUUCUCUUCUCUUCAAGGUACGUUCUAACUCCGCGCAUUUCACUUUCACUAGCCACUUAGACAGAACCCAGGUUUCGAUCCUAAACGCAAAAUAUCUUAGCACCUCCCCUAUCCCAAACGAGUACCUGAUGCCACCAGUGCAACACCACCAAAACCAACAACCGCCAACGUCAUCUGAUCCUAGGGUUUUUCAUGGCCAACAAAACCCUAAUUUUAAUCACCAGUGGACCCCACAAAACCAGGGUUACCACCAUCCCCCGCAACAGCGCGGAGGUCCUGGUAAUAAUCAGUUUAAUUAUCAAAAUCAGGGAAGGGGAUAUCCUAAUCAGGGUCAGGGUUAUCCCAAUCAAGGACAGGGCUUUCCACAACGUGAAAGCCCAAAUCAGUGGAAUUCCCAGAUGAAUACACAAAUGCCUAAAAGCCCGAUACCAAAAUCAGUGGAAUUCCAGCAGAAUCAGAGCUAUCCUCAAUACCAAAACGCUGAUCAGAUGAAUACUCAAAUGCCCAGAAGCCCAAACCAGUGGAAUAACCAAAAUCAAGGGUACCCUCAAGGUAGAAAUUUUAAUGAAAGGGCCCCGCACAGUCAAAACCCUAGUCAAUUGCACCAGGAGAGCUGGAAUCAAAGGCAUGUGGUGGAGCAUCCGCUGCCUGAGCCAGUUCCCUCGCUACUAGAUUUAACGCAGUUGUGUCAUGAUGGGAAAGUCAAAGAAGCUAUUGAAUUGAUGGAUAAAGGAGUUAAAGCGGAUGCUAAUUGUUUUUCAUCUUUGUUUGAGUCAAUUGACAAUCCUAAGUCACUUGAGGAUGCAAAGAAAGUUCAUGAUUACUUCUUGCAGUCGACUUGUAGGAGUGACCUUGGAUUGAACAAUAAGGUGAUUGAAAUGUAUGCAAAAUGUGCUAGCAUGAUUGAUGCGCGAAGAGUUUUUGAUCACAUGCCUGAUAGGAAUAUGGAUUCUUGGCAUUUGAUGAUAAAUGGGUAUGCAGACAAUGGCUUGGGAGAUGAUGGGUUGCAAUUGUUUGAGCAGAUGAGAAAAUUGGGGUUGAAACCAAAUGAGCAGACUUUCCUUGCAGUUCUCUCAGCUUGUGGUAGUGCAGAAGCUAUUGAAGAAGGCUUUAUACAUUUUGCAUCGAUGGAGAGAGAGUAUGGAAUUUCUCCAGGGUUUGAGCAUUAUAUGGGGCUUAUAGGUGUUCUUGGAAAAUCUGGCCAUCUUCAUGAAGCUAAAGAGUAUAUUGGGAAAAACCUGCCUUUUGUGCCAACUGCUGAAGUGUGGGAGGCAUUGAGGGAUUAUGCUCAAAUUCAUGGAGAUGUUGAUCUUGAAGAUUAUGCUGAGGAGUUGAUGGUUGCUCUUGACCCGUCAAAGGCUGUUGCUAAUAAGAUCCCCACGCCACCACCAAAGAAGCGUACUGCAAUCAGUAUGCUGGAUGGAAAAAAUAGAAUCAGUGAAUUUCGAAAUCCAACGCUUUACAAGGAUGAUGAAAAAUUGAAGGCUUUGAAAUCAAUGAAAGAAGGAGGUUAUGUGCCGGACACAAGGUAUGUGCUUCAUGACAUUGAUCAAGAGGCAAAAGAGCAAGCUUUGCUAUACCACAGUGAGAGAUUGGCGAUUGCAUUUGGUCUAAUCAGCACCCCUGCAAGGCAAACUCUGAGGAUCAUCAAGAAUCUCCGUGUAUGUGGUGACUGUCACAAUGCCAUCAAGAUCAUAUCUAGGAUUGUUGGGAGGGAAUUGAUUAUUAGAGACAACAAGCGUUUCCAUCAUUUCAAGGAUGGCUUAUGUUCUUGUGGUGAUUACUGGUAAAAGGCCUCACUUUUUAUGUUGUGAACUCUUCCCAUUUUAGAUUUGACAUGUAAAGUUCCAGAAUUUUAGGUGAUAUGCAUCGCUAUGAACAGAAGAGCUGUUGUUGCUAGUGUUUGGAAGUGAAUGGUUCACUAUCUUAGGAACACUUCUGCUUGUUCUGAUGCUCAAUUAAUAUAUUUUUUUUACGAA